UGCCAUGGCGAAGCGUCUGUGACAGUCGGAGCAACCGAGGCGUGGAUUCGAUCUGUCUGCAAGAAUGAUUUCGGCGAGCUGGAGUUGACUGUAAUCCCGGCUGUCCCGUCGCAGCCACCCCACCUAGAUUGUGGUCGUGUGUGUCGUCGAAUUAAAGGGUUGCGAAAUUAGUUACCCACCCUUAAGAAAGUUCCACGGCCAUUUUCUACAAGGGGAGACAACAAUGUUGCUAGCAAGCUAGCUCUUUGGGUAGCUGGGACAACAGUUGCUUUGCUAACUCCUGAAUCAUCCUUGCAAUUUCCUCGCUUCAGGCGUCAACACACAGAAGACAUGAAUUCGUGGAAAUGAACAGAAAGGAAGGGGAAAGCAUGAAUUCCCAGGGCAUAACUCCGAACAAUUCCGAGGACAAUCGGGAGCUCGAGCUGAGCUGCCAGUCUCUGCGGAGCAUCGGGAAGGAGUCGGAGCGCUCGUACGCCCGCAGCGUCGGGAAGGAGUCGGAGCGCUCGUACGCCCGCAGCCGGAAACGGGACAAGGGGUGGGAGGAUUCCGAUAGCUCGCCGGGGGACCAUGACCACGACCAUGACCUGGACCGGGAGUCCAGGCUGGAUCGGGCCCGCACCAGAACCAAGGAGCCAGCGGAUGUGGACCGGGAUCGGGAUCCUGAUCGGGACCACGUGUCAGACAGGGAGGGGAGUAGCGGGUCGUUCUACUCGGAAGAUUGCGACAAGCUGACGCCGUCUGAACGUUCCAUCUCGCCGGGUUCUGCGUCUGCGAGUCCGCGGCGGCCAGCACCAGCCAGAAAAGUGUCCAGCAGCCCACUGCACAGAGCGGGUUACCGUAGGGGAGCAUCUCACCCUCCACAUGUUAAAGGUCAGCCUAAGGGCGUCUCUCGCCUUCCACAUCUCAAAGGUCAUCGUAAGGGCGGCUCUCGCCUGCUGCGCCCGGGCAUGCAGCACGCCCCUCACCGCUGGGGUUGCGCCAGCCUCGGUGCCCAGGGGGGUGGUGCCGGGGGCCAGCGCACCUCCAGCCUGACCAAGGAGCCUCCUGCACGCGACCUGGACUUGGUCACCAAGCGGCUGCUGUCGGCGCGGCUGCUCAAGAUCAACGAGCUGAAGAACGCCUUCGCCGAGCUGCAGCUGCAGACCGACCAGCUGCGCACCGAAAACCGACUGCUCCGGCAGCUGCAGCUGCGCCAUGAGAAGGCUCUUAAUCGCUAUAGCGACACGGAGAGUGAGAUCGCCCAGCUGCUGGCGCGGCACAACAACGAGACGGCGGCGCUGCGCGAGCGUCUGCGGCGGAGCCAGGAGCGUCUGCGCACGGCCGAGCGGGGUCAGCGCGAGGCGGACGAGCGACUCCAGCGCAGCGAGCGCGAGCUCCACAAGCUGCGGCGGCUCGCCGAUGACCAGAGGCUCGGAGAGAGGGAGGAGCUGACCCGCAGGCUGGAGGCCAGCCAGCAGAGGGCACAGGAGAGCGAGCGCAAAGUCAAGGAGCUGGAGCGCAACAUGGAGCUGAGCAGCGGGAGCUUCCAGAGGCAGCUGGCGGGGGAGAGGAGGAGAACGCAUGAGGCGCAGGAGGAGCUGCGCUCCCUACAGGAGGAGGUGGACAGACUCACGCUCAAACUCAAGGAGAAGGAGCGAGAGCUGGACACCAGGAACAUCUAUGCCAACCGCAUGCGGCACACACCAGCCUCUAGGAAAGACACCGACAGCGCCGCCAAGAAGAAAGUCCCCAGCAGGAGUAACAUGCCCAGCAGAAGUAACAGUAAGGCGGUGCAGACAGAUGACCGGGCGCUCUCUCUGGACUUCCCCUCCCCUCCACCCGCCAUCACCGACGGCAACGAGCUCCCUGAGCACAGGACCGAUGACUACCUCUCACUCAAGGAACUACAUAACGGAGAACUGACGCCGAAGGAGGCAAACGCUGCAAGGGAUCGAGAUCAGGAACGGGAACGGGAGCGGGAUAGGGAGAGAGAGAGAGAGCGAGGGAGAGAAAGAGAGAGGCUGAAGAAAGAGAGGGAGGACAAGGAGAGGGAGGAGAAGCAGAGGUUCAACCAGGAGCUGAGCACUCUGGAAGAGAAGGCCAAAAGACUCCGAGAUGAUAAGUUAGCGGCACAUGCGCCAGUGCUCCCCGACAUCCCCUCAGUGGAGGGAGCUGGCCCGGCUGUUCAUGAGCUCAAACACUGGGAAAAGGAGGAUGACACCAGGAAGAAGCAUGGUCUCUCCAUCUCCCAGAAGGAAGAAGAGAACAGGAAGAAGCGUGACCUCAUACAGGAAGAGGAAGUUAAGGCUAAAGACGCCGAGAGCCCCACGGCCACUGUGGCCAAGCAGGAGACUGCGGAGGACGAGAGACUUCGUAAACAGCGCCUCCUGGCCAAGAUGCGCGAGAUUGACCAGCAGAACCAGGGAGGCGAUCCGGAUCGGUUCUUCUCCGAGUCGGCGGGGGAACCGGCCUCCGAGACGCGUCCGUCCUCGCGGGUCUCUGAGCCACGGAACCAGAACCAGUCCAUCUUCAGUUUCACGGAGCCGGCGGAGAGCGUGAGCCUGUGGGGGGGUUCGGAGCCGGCGGCCGGCAGGGCCAGUGGGGGGGUUGCGGGCAGUGGAGAAGGUGUGACUGGGGCACGCAGGGCGACUCUCAGGGGCGCCCAAAAGUCUAGCGAAGAUGACGGCUUCUCCUUCGGCAGCUACGCGCCAUCCUUCGGUCGACCCACUCAGAGAGCCGGCCUUAGCUCCACCUCCACGUCCACCUCCACGUCCACCUCCAGGAGCCGGCCGGAGGUCAGCCCCAAACCAGUGCUUGACGCUGGGCUCGACGCCGGGCUGGACCUGGGCAUGAAGGACCGCAAGUCCAACCUCCUGCAGCAGCUCUUUGGGUCGGCCACCGACCCGGCAACUCCGCCCUCCAAGAUGGAGGUCCUGAGCCCGCCGCCCACAUCCAAACCCCAACCGUCGGGUGCGGGGGGCCGCAGAAGAGACACAGAGACACCGCCUAGCAACAAGCACAACGGCAGCCGAAUGUUGCCUAGCAACCGGAGCACUCUGCACGUGGCCGAAAGCCGUCCGGCGGUGAGGGCAAUCGCCUCGUUUGAUGAUGACAUCGAAGAGCUCACCCUCUGAUCACCGGGCGCACAGUGAUGACAUCACAGUGGUCCGAGAACUUAAGAGACGUUUGUUAUUGUUAUUGUGGACAGGGAAGGGAAUGUUAGAAUUCUCUGCUCUGUUCUGUCAAGCACUUUUUCCAAGCACCAAGUCAUUUACGAUAAACGGAGGUCUAACAGAAAAAAUGCCCACAGCUCCCCGAGUUCAUUAACUCUCCACCCGUCCACACACAAACUGCUCAGCACAGCACAGCUAGUACAAACUGCAACAACAACUUUGUUCUAUUCUCA